UCAAUGGAGAGGCUUGCGAUUUUAUGAAAUGGUUGUUGGAGAUAGAUCAUUUGGCGGGAAGCCGAUCUUAGUUCUCUAAUUAGGUUCGCUUGAGAGGCGAGUCUACAUUCUCUAUUGUUUUAUUGUGAAUUUCUAAAGAAGUUAUUUCAAAGGGUCAGCUAAAAUGGAGGAUGCUACUACUGCGCGUCUUAAGAGUCUAAUAAUCAGUAGCAAUGAUGCAUUGGAAUUCAAAUUAAUAAGAAAUCCCCAUGACGUGAAUGAUGACAAACUCAUCUUCAAGCCAGAAAUGUCUCAUCAGGUUUUCGGCGACAGUGAAAACAUAUUUGGGUACCGAGACUUGCGCAUCAAGCUGUAUUACUCGGCUGGCUGCUUGGAAACCUACUUGGGAAUGACAUAUUCCGAAAAAGCUGAUUACAUGUCCUGCGAAGGUGUAGAAGCUGAUGAAGUUUUAUCCAAAAUCAGUGCCAAGUUGGCUCCAAAAGUUCACAGCAACAUGGAUUCAUUUAUUGCAGCACUUAAAAAUGAUGAAUCUUUUGUACCACCUGGAACCGUGAUUCACUCGUUUUCAGUAAAAGACAAAGACAAGGGCGUCAGACAUUUUGAAGUUUAUAAAGCAGAUAUGAGCUGUAAAGGCUUCAAGGAGUACCAUGAGCGUCUACAAACAUUUUUACUUUGGUAUAUAGAUGCUGCUAGUUUUAUUGACAUUGAUGAUGACCAGUGGCAUUACUUUAACAUAUUUGAGAAGUACACUCCUACCGUGGGAUCGCAUCGGUAUGCGACUGUUGGUUUUGCAACGGUUUAUCAGUAUUAUGCCUAUCCUCAUCAUGCAAGACCUCGAAUUGCCCAAGUUCUUGUUCUUCCACCGUUUCAAGGGCUUGGUAUAGGGGCUCAGCUUCUUUCUGCCAUUUACAGGGCGUACAUUGGAAGAAGCGACGUCAAAGAUAUUACAGUUGAGGAUCCAUCUAUAAGUUUCCAACGUGUACGCGAUUUUAUCGAUGCUCAACAUUGUAAAACUUUGGAGAGUUUCAGCAAGAGCAAUCUGUUACAGGGAUUCAAUAAAAACAUGGCUAUAGAAGCUAGUAUAAGAUUCAAAAUAAACAAGAAACAAGCUCGCAGAGUUUAUGAAAUACUGAGAUUACGUGUUACCGAUGUUUCUGACAAGCAGGAAUACCAACAAUAUCGGUUGGAUAUUAAAAGAAGACUAAAUGUUCCAUAUCAACGUGAGCAAAAAAACUUCAAGAAAUUACAAAGAGCUUUAAAACCCAUGGAAGGAAGCACUGUAAUUGAUGGCCCAGCUCCUGAACAGAGGAUGCAAAUUCUUGAAAAACAGUAUAGGCUUCUGGAAGAAGACUACAAAAAAGUGAUUGAUAGAAUUGAAACCUCCGAUUGGCUUUAAAUCGUAAUAGAACAUGGUAUGAGACUACGAGUACAAAAUUUUAAAGAACGAUUCAAAAAAUAGGAAACACAUAUUUGGCUUUAAGUGGAUUCAUGUAGCAAGACGAUUCGCCUGGUAAAUUUUCUGCGAAUUUGUUAUUUUAUGUUGUGUCGUUACAGUAUGUUUACCUGAUAGUAUGUCACGAAACUUUAUCAUUGUUCUAUUUGCCCAAUAUUAUGUAGUAACCUGUUGUUAAUGGUUGGCGUUGUACUCUUCUUAAUCAAUUCUACAGAACAAUUUUCGGUUAAUUGGCAGCUAUUUGAGAUUUUCAUAUGCCUUAUUUCUCUUUGUGAUACAUUAUUAUUACUUACCAUUUUUCUACAAUUUUUUUUUGCAAAUGAAUUCGUAACAUUUGCAUACUCAUUACAUUAAUCUGUGUCUCAAUGAUUGAAUAAAAUUCUUUCGAAAAU